AUGUCACAAUAUCGAAUGAUUUUCGGGAAGGCAUGCCACUUACCUCUUGGGAUAGAACACCAUGCUUACUGGGCAAUGAAGAAACUGAAUUUGGAUUUGAAGAUUGCGGGUGAAAAAUAUCUACUCCAACUUAAUGAGCUGAAUGAGCUCAGAAUGGAAGCCUACGAGAAUUCAAGACUCUACAAAGAGCGCACUAAGAAAUGGUAUGAUAUGCACAUUCACAGGCGUGAAUUUACGGUGGGGCAAAAAGUGCUACUCUACAACUCUAAGCUUAAGCUGUUUCCUGGAAAGCUGCGAUCGAGGUGGUCUGGUUCGUAUACUAUUACACAAGUUUUUCUACAUGGGGCAAUUGAGACUACUCACGAUAGCAAGGGGACAUUCAAGGUUAAUGGACAGCGUUUGAAGCAUUAUUGGGGCGGCGAUUUUUCAAAGGAAAAGUCUACCGUUCAUCUUCGACCAUCAGAAUGA